UUGACCGCUACUCCUCGCCAGCUUCUGCCACGCUAGGCCGCCUCACUCUCCCCUACCUGUUCCCUGACCUAGCCUCCUUUCACACUGUCGCAGACCUCAUCACCCACCUUAAGACUAGUGAGGCCCGCUUUCGCGCUGCUAUGCCUGCCGAGGACCACUUCCUCUCUCGCUCCCCCACUGAGCUCACUGUUGCCCUCCUCGAGAAGGAACUGCUUGCAGCUGAGGCGAGCAUCGUCGCUGUAGGCACCUCUCGUGGCGACCCCCGCACCCCGUUCUUUGAGGGGUGUUCCCCUUCCCCCCUCCUCCCCUCUGUCGCCUCUGCUGCUGCUGUCGACCUUCUUGGUGCUGAGAAGGUCGGGACCGCGUCUGCUUCGAGUGGGCGCCGCAGGAACAAGGGGGGCAGGGGUGGGGGUGGCGGCGGAGGAGGUGGGGGUGGAGGCGGUGGGAGUGGAGGCGCGGCUGGGGAGACUAGUGGCGGCAGUGGGGGAGGAGACAGCAGCGGUGGGAGUGGUGGUGGAGGCGGCAGCGGAGGCGGAGGUGGUCGUGGCGGCGGCAGGGGUGGAGGUGGCCGGGGCGGCGGCGGUGGGGGUGGUGGUCGUGGAGGCACUGGCGGAGGGCAGAGUCAGCAGCCCGCCCCGACGCUUCAGGCCGCCCGUGAGUGGUAUGCGCAGCGUAGCUUUACCUGCACGUACGUCAUUCGCACAGACUUUGAUGCUAUUCUCACUGCCAUGUAUGCCAUGUCUAUUAGUGGAGAGGGUGCUCAGUACUUGCGUGUUCCGCCCGACCCGGGCAUUCAGGCCAGUCCGGCUGCCGCUCUAGGUGCUAGUGCGUCUGCUCCCACAGGUCCUGGUGAGGCCGCUGCCCUAGGUGCUCGUGCGUCCGUGCCCCCUGGUACUGAGUCGACUGCAGCACUGCACACCUUCACACUGGACUCAGGUGCUUCUCGCUCCUUCUUUCGUGACCGCACUGUCCUUGAGCCACUCGCUCGGCCAGUUGCUGUCUCCCUUGCUGACCCCUCUGGGGGUCCGGUCAUUGCGACCUCCUCCACUGUCCUUCCUUGUCCGGCGGUCCCGUCCGGCACGCUGUCAGGUCUCUACCUCCCCUCGUUCUCUACGAACUUGGUGGCAGGUAGUGCGCUCCAGGACGGAGGUGUUCACCAGUUCACCCCUGCCUACGAGCGCGUGACACACUGCACGUGUGCUCGGACGGGUCGCCACCUGGCUACCUUCACUCGGGAGCCGGGGUCGGACCUUUACACACUGACCACUGAGUCCCCUCAGGUAGCUGCGUCUGCGUCUGCGUCAGGUCAGCUGUCCGCCCCCUGCUCGUGUCGCUCUCUGGCGCAUGAGACUGUCCUUUGGCACCACCGCCUUGGUCACCCGUCUGUGCAGCGCCUUCGGGCCAUGCACAAACGGGACCUUGUUGCUGGUCUUCCCAGGGUGCUCCCUCCCCUUCCCGACUCGCCUGCUCCUCCCUGUAUUCCCUGUGUCGAGGGACGGCAGCGCGCCGCUCCUCACUCCUCCUCCUUUCCCCCGACGACUGCUCCCUUGCAGACGCUCCACAUGGACGUGUGGGGCCCAGCCCGCGUCCGUGGUCAGGGUCAGGAGAGGUACUUCCUGAUUGUUGUUGACGACUUCUCGCGCUACACCACGGUCUUCCCCUUGCGCGCCAAGGGUGACGUCCCUGAUGUCUUGAUCCCUUGGAUCCGCAGAUCUCGUCUCCAGCUCCGUGAGCGUUUCCGCUCCGACUUCCCUGUCCUGCGUCUGCACUCUGACAGAGGUGGGGAGUUCUCCUCUGGCCUAUUGGAGGCCUUCUGUCAGCAGGAGGGCAUUGAGCAGUCGUACACGCUUCCGGCCUCUCCACAGCAGAAUGGGGUUGCUGAGCGCCGCAUUGGUCUGGUCAUGGAGGUCGCUCGUACCUCCUUGAGCCAUGCGGCUGCCCCCCAUUUUCUGUGGCCGUUUGCAGUCCGAUACGCUGCGCAUCAGCUCAACCUCUGGCCCCGUGUCUCCUUGCCCGAGACUUCUCCGACACUGCGUUGGAUGGGAGAGGCUGGCGAUGCGUCGCGUUUUCGGGUCUGGGGAUCCCGAGCUUUUGUCCGCGACACGUCCGCGGACAAGCUCUCCCGUCGUGCUGUCCCCUGCGUCUUCCUUGGCUUUGUCCCGGACGCCCCUGGCUGGCAGUUCUACCACCCCACCUCGCGUCGUGUCCUGGCCUCUCAGGACGUCACUUUUGACGAGUCCGUCCCCUACUACCGCCUCUUCCCCUACCGCACUGCCCCGCUCCCCCCCCCGCCUCUCUUCCUCGCUCCAGGUGCUGAGGUACCAGACCCCCUCCCCCCUCAGGGUGCCGCUCCCUCAGGUGUGUCCCAGGUAGACCCGGGUGAGCCUGUCGAGGUAGCUGUUGACUCUCGUCCUGCUAGGGGUGCUGAGCCUGGGGGUGCUGCGUCUGGGGGUGCUGAGCCUGGGGGUGCUGCGUCUGGGGGUGCUGAGCCUGGGAGUGCUGAGUCUGGGGGUGCGGAGCCUGGGGGUGCUGAGCCAGGAGGUGCGGAGCCUGGAGGUGCUGAGCCUGGGGGUGCUGCGUCUGGGGGUGCUGAGCCUGUGCGUGCUACACCUGGAGGAGCCCUCUCCUCCCAGCAGCUGCAGGAGAGGUACCUCGAGUACUGCCGCCUCCGGAGAGGUGCUGCUGGAGCUCGUUCCGGUACUUCCCCUCCUACCCAGGAGCUCCCCCCCAUUCAGCAGAUCUGCGAGUGGUACACACGGCGCUGCAGUCUUCGGAGUGGUGCUCCUGGUGCUGCGGACCCUGGGGGUGGCGCUGCUGCUGGUGCUGAGGACCCGGACGUGGGAGCUGCUACUGGUGCUGCGGACCCGCCUGGUGGAGCUACUGCUGGUGCUGAGGACUCGGACGUUGGAGCUGCUGCUGGAGCUGAGGACCUGGGCGGUGGCGCUGCUGCUGGUGCUGAGGACCCGGACGGUGGAGCUGCUGCUGGUGCUGAGGACUCGGACGGUGGAGCUACUGCUGGAGCUGAGGACCCGAGCGGUGGCACUGCUACUGCUGCUGAGGACCCGGGCGUUGGAGCUACUACUGGUGCUGAGGAGUCUCCUCUGCUUCCGGAGACGUUGUGCAACCGCGACCGAGGUCUUACAGAGCGUCGUGAGCCUGAGUCUCGUCCUGCGUCGCCUGUUCGUCCUGCUCGCACUGGUAGUCGUGUCCGUCGUGAGCGUCCUCCUCCUGUCCCAGGCACUCACUACAUGACUCUGCGUCCCUCUACUGCUCCUCAGCGUGUCCCUCUACCGUCUCCUCCUGCGUCUUCUUUGCCUCACGUUCCGGACCCUGAGUCUGACCGGUACCGUGCUGAGCACCCUACUGUCACGCGUCUCCUCGCUACUGUUGUCACUGACCCUACCUUUGAGUCCUCGACUGCGUCUGCUCUGGUCGCUGAGUUGGUUGACUUUGCUGCUGCCUGUCGUCUAGACUACGCUGCGAGCCUUGUUGCUGAGUCUGAGUCUGAGUCUGUCUGUCCUCCGUCCGUCGGGGGUGAGUGUGCUCUUGGCACGGACGUCCUUGAGGACAGACAGGAGGAGUUCCAGUGUCUUGCUGCUGCUUUGCCCUGUCUCGUGUCCUUGCUAGUUGCCCCUGAGGGAGACCCGGAUGCACCAGACAUCCCGACCCCGCGCACUUACGCUGAGGCGAUGGCGGGUCCCUACUCCUCUCAGUGGCAGACAGCCAUGGACGCCGAGAUGGCCUCCUGGAAGUCCACACGCACCUACGUCGACGAGGUUCCCCCUCCUGGGGCGAACAUCGUCAGUGGCAUGUGGAUUUUCAGGGUGAAGCGGCCGCCGGGUUCUCUGCCUGUCUUCAAGGCGCGUUACGUGGCUCGAGGCUUCAGUCAGCGAGAGGGAGUUGAUUUCUUCCAGACCUUCUCCCCCACCCUGAAGAUGACUACUCUUCGGGUGCUGCUGCACAUAGCCGCUCACCGCGACUACGAGCUUCACUCACUUGACUUCAGCACUGCUUUCUUGCAGGGCAGCCUGCACGAGGAGAUCUGGCUGCGCCGCCCACCUGGCUUCACUGGGUCGUUUCCUCCUGGUACCCAGUGGAGGCUUCAGCGGCCGGUCUACGGUCUCCGCCAGGCUCCGCAAUUUGGUCCAGUGGACUGGGUGGACCAAUCGACCUGA